UCCGUUUAGACCGUAAGGAGUUGUCCCUGCACUGUCGUCGAAUGACUCAAAGCACAGAGGUCAUCAGGGAGCGUAUCCAGGCUGACUUGGAGUUGUUCGGUGGUGACUCAGGAAGGGAUACCAUGGGUAUACCACUGUUUCAUGAGCGUAUCUGGGAGCUCUAGAAACAGCAGCAGAAGCAUGUAGAGUGCCUCCAGGACCCUAAAGGUGUACAGCUCUACACUCAGACGGGCACGCUGAAGAAGGGUGGCGUGGUGUUGCCUGUGUAUCGCUGUGCACGAGGAUCUACCUCCUUGGAGUCCUUCCAUCUCCACCUACAGCGAUUCAUUCCUGGAACCAGUGCAAGCGCCAGCAACUUCCAGACUGGAGGGCCUGAUGCGCUGGAACUUAGACCGGCAGAUUAAUGUAUUGUAUGACUCCAGAUUGAAGACAGCAGCCAACAGACUAAGUCAGGAGCUUUUUAACAAGGAUAUCUUCCCGACAUUCCAGCCGCCAAACAAAUACACUGGAGAGCUGAUAGGUAUCGAAUAUCUAUACAACAAAACGGGUGCUAAAAACCCUGUAAGUGCGGUGGAGCCUGAUGACAGCCUCCUGGAUGAGGGCUUUGAGGACUCCGCGGCCAUGGAUGAUAAUGAUCCAACCAUCCACAUAGUGGAUUCCUUUCUGGCUGCUUUUAGUCGUGAGAGGGCUCAGCAGAUCAUGCAGCAGAACAGGCCGUCUCAAUCAGAGAUGUCAGCGAAGGAUGUGUAUGGCCAGCAGAUGUACAACGUUCCCGCUAAGCUCAAAGCCAAACCUACCACAACGAGUGCCUCUUUAGAAACAACAACAGCAGCUUCUAUGACAAAAGCAACAGCAGCUUCUGUUACAACAGCUGCAGCAAGUACUUCAUCAUUAUCUGCCGUAACUACCGCUACAUCAGCGUCGGCUAUUGCUGGCAGUUCCGAACGUGUUGAGGAUGAAGCUGAGGACUCUAUUGGACCAAACAGAGUUGCAGGCUAUGGUCAUGUGAUGGACCUGGCUGAGUAUUUGUUUCAUUUAAAAGACAAGGAAAGUAAGGCCAUCGCCAACGCUGAAGCUGACCACAUCGUGAAACUGUGGUCUAAAAUGUCCCCUUACGACCAGUCGCCGUCAAAAUAUAAGGACCGACAUCAGAUCCAGCUGAUCAAGGGACGCUUCAAGGCAUCAAAGACAUCCCGGAUACAGCUGGUUCCUGGAGUCCAGAGUGUCAGAAAAUGUGCUUUGGCUACACACCUUGGUCCAGCCACCUGGCCUGACUGUAACAGGUAUCAGGAAGCCUUGCUGGUCAAGUUGUGCGCAGCCUUUCCGGGUUCCACCACCAAAGAUGGCGUUCAACAGGUGCGGUGGCGGACAGUACUGGAGAAGUACAACCUAAUAAGAGAGAUGGUAUUCAACAGUCAGCGCGUGAUACAGAAUACACGCAUUCAGCUAUCUGAUAUAAACCAGCGCACCUUGACUGCUUGGUUCAGUGCUCGUGGAAAGCGCAGAGAAAGAACCUUGCUGGAACAGGGACUUGCCCUUCAGUAA